AUGCACGAUCCCUACUUCCCACCUCUCCCCGCGCUUCAACGGCUCGUUACACCAUUGUGCAACGCUCUACACCUCUACACAUUACCCCUCCAUAUCCACGAGAUCCUUUCGGUGUUUGUUAUCUACCAUGUUAUAUUCGAAUAUGUGGCUCCUCCCUUAUCCGGCUAUUUCCUUACGAAACAAUAUACUGGCUUAUCUCGGGAAAGCAAGCUGAGAUGGAAUAUGCACUGCGUGUCAAUGGUCCAAAGUGUCACCAUUUGCGUACUUGCCCUCUGGGUGACAGCCGUUGAUGAGGAGAGGAGAACUAUGAACCACGAGGAGCGAAUGUGGGGUUAUACCGGCGCCGCUGGAAUGGUUCAAGCACUCGCGACAGGUUAUUUCCUCUUCGACCUCGCGGUUAUGGUUCGAUAUCUGGACGUCUUUGGCGUUGGAAUGUUGACACACGCCUCGAGUUGUUUGGUAACAUACACGCUUGGAUUUCGUCCGGUUUUCAAUUAUUACGGUUGUGUUUUUAUGCUUUAUGAGCUUUCUACCCCGUUCUUGAAUUUCCAUUGGUUCUUUGACAAAUUGAAUAUGACUGGCUCAAAAGCCCAGUUAUACAACGGAAUUGCUCUUAUCACAGUCUUUUUCAGUUGCCGCCUCGUUUGGGGUGCGUAUUCCUCCUUCAAUAUCUAUCGAGAUACAUGGAAUGCAUUGUACUUCGAUCCAUAUACAACGAAGCUCAGCACCAACACGGAUAUGAUGCGCUUCGGAAGUGAUCAUGCAUUACCUGCGUGGCUCCUGAUCAUCUACAUGGGUGGUCAUAUUACUUUGCAGUUACUUAACGUAUUUUGGCUGGGAAAGAUGAUCGCUGCAAUAAGAAAGCGUUUCACUCCGGAAGCCAAAGCAGCAAAAGCUAACGGAGUUACGUCCAAUGGAGCAAUCUCCAAAAAGAAGCAACUCAACGGAAGAGCUACCUCGAAUGGAGUAGCAAAGAAACUUUCUUGA